AUGGCUUCGACCCUGACUGGCUUCCCGCGACGGCCAACGCUGUACACCCUCUCAGCGUAUAUCUUUUCUCAGAGUCAAUUUGUCAGGGAAGAAGAGUUCUCGGAUGGGCCAGAGUUCAUCACAACGUCAUUCCGAGUGGCACUCGGUAUGGGUCUUCAUCGUAAGCUCGAGGAAGCGGGCUUUACCGCCACCGAGCAAGAAACCCGUCGUCGUCUUUGGUGGUAUAUCCUUCAUCUCGAUGUUAUGUCAUCUUGCUCUUCAGGGCUUUCGCCUCUUUACGUAGAUGAGAAGAUGGGCAAUAGCCCUGCAAUAUCGACAACUGACCUGCUGGAACAUGUGCGCGGAUCAGGCCAAGGCUCAGUACAGCUAAGAUUACCAGACAUUCGGUACGUGGUGGCCAAGGUUCGUUACGAGACCACCAAAGUCAUUCGAGGCAUUCUCCUCGGACACUUCGAGGAGCACUUUACAUCGCUCGAGGCUGUUUCAGAAACUGCUAGCUCUAUUGAGUCUCUCGGUGAAACUGUCAAAACGGCCAUUGAUCGAAUACUUCAGGUUGGAUCCAAGUUGUCACGCCAUGAGCUGCUGGAGAUUUACCAGAGCGAGAAUUUAGCAGUACCUGAAGGGGCCUCCACUAUAAAUGACACCUGGCGCGUGGAUGCUAGCGAGAGUCGUUCGCACGUUGUAGGGUUCGCGAUAUGGGCCACGAGCUUGCUACACCUCAUGCUCCACAAGGCAUACUGCAUCUUAUACUUUCCGCUCGCCAAAGACCAGCAUUCAGAUUUCGGCGCUGACAUCCGCUUGACAGCUAUCAAGCAUGCUCAGGCGUUUCUUCAACUCUUCAUCCGAGUGUGUGAUGCACCGUUCUCAAGUCCGUUCCACUGGAUGUACCCAGGCACGUAUCAGCCCUUGCAGGCCAUGUCGCUAUUGCUUGCAGACCUGCUCAACUUCCCUCACAGCGAUGAAGCACCCACAUCGCAAGGCUUGGUCGAUGCAAUCUUCGAUCUAUAUCAGGUCGACCAAGGCAUGAUUACCGCCAGCGACCCGCCUCGUCGCAGGCUAUCGCCAUCCGGCAGGGAGGUUUGGUCCAUGCUAGGACGUUUGCGCAAUAAAGCGUUUGAGCAGAUGGAUCAAGACCCGCAUGUGGUUUUACCAACAUUCAUCGCUUCUUCUCACUCACGUUGA